CGCAGCCACAUUCAAUUUACGCCAAAACGCGUCGCCCUCUCGUGAAAACGCGUCUUUGGCCUUUCCUUUUCUUUUCUUUCGCCCAAGAUAACUCAUCUUUUUCAAUUUAGUCAAGGAUGUCAAUGGCUGGCUUCCACAAUGGCUACACUAGACGAUAUUCCCGGUAACAUGCUCCGGAAGCCUUCGGGCAACCCGGAAGAUGCACUUGAGAGGGCACCUUCAGACUACAAGCCACUACACUCAUUUCAUCUAGAUAGGGAUAAGUCAUAUCAGCAACAGUUUGCUGACAUGUACUUCUUGAGGCUCACCAAGAUCAAACCUGCCAUCGAGGAAUUAGCAUCUGCUGCCUGGGAAGGCUGCGUUCUUGGCGAAGAGACGGUCAGUAAGGCCGAGCGGGUGCUAGAUAUUCGACAGGGCGAACUAUGCUGGGUUGUUGGCACCGUAUAUAUGGACAUGUCACUUAAGCCUAAUAUUCUUGAGGAUGUUUCUAAGGAUCGAUGGUUAUCAGCCCCAAUCUCGAAUAAGAAGUAUUACGCAGAGGAUGGCUCAGACGCUGUGACACUAGAGGAUGAAUCCGGCCGCAUACGACUAGUAGGAGACAUACUGAACUCUGUAAUCCUUGUCACCGGUUGCAUUAUCGCUGUUAUGGGCACCGAGAAUGCGAAUGGCGAACUGGAAGUUAUCGAUCUGAAAUUCCCAGACUUGCCUCCGCAGCCGGAUCGUUGGGCUAUGUCCAAGACUUCGGCUAAGAGCGGCAGUGCCAAGGGGGGCAAAGGGAAAGUAAAGGACGAGAACGAGAACAAGGACGAGAAAGAGGACGAGGAGAUGACUGAUUUACAGUCGAAAGGCCGCGGAGGCAAAAUAGCUAUUGUGUCUGGUCUAGGGUUUUCUGGUAGCGAUGCAUCCCACGCCAUUGAGCUCAACCUCUUACUCGAGUACCUACUGGGAGAGUCUCUAGACCCUGCAGCUCAGCAGGAGCUAUCCCAAAUCAGCCGAUUGAUCAUUGCUGGAAAUUCGAUAUCACUUGAGGAGAGAAGGGCUACAGACGAUGAGAUGACAGAGAAGAAGGCACACAAGAAAUACGGAUACGACAGUAGCGCGUACAACGCCCUGCCGUCCCAGCUCCUAGACGAAUUCCUCUCGACUUUACUGCCUACAAUGCCAGUCACUCUACUCCCCGGCGCGCAAGACCCUGCCAAUACCAGCUAUCCUCAGCAACCGAUACACCCAGCCAUGUUUCCGAAUUCGAGGCCCUAUACAGCCCAGCCAGCCUCUUCAGAAAUCGGCUGGUUUGACACAGUAACGAACCCAUGGGAAGCGGAGGUGGAAGGCUGGAGAGUUCUAGGGACGGGUGGUCAGAACGUGGACGACAUAUUCAAGUACGUUGGCAGCGACGAUCGCCUAGGCAUGAUGGAAGCCAUGUGCCGAUGGCGCUGUUGCGCCCCAACAGCCCCCGACACCUUGUGGAGUUACCCAUUCCAAGACGACGACCCAUUCGUCAUGCAAACGUGCCCACACCUGUAUUUUGUCGGUUGUCAGCCCGAGUUCGGCACCAAAGUGAUCCAAGGGCCGGAAGGACAAGUCGUGCGACUGAUCGCCAUCCCGUCCUUUUCGGCUACGCAAGAGAUCAUAUUAGUUGAUACGGACACCCUCGACGUCACGAAAGUAAAGAUUGCCGCCGUUUAGAAAGAUGUUAUAAUUGGCAUCAGAGCAUAGAUGGUUUAGUCGUCGUAGCAUAGCACAGGAGUUGAAACUUGGCAAAUGAAAAUGGAGCCGAUGACAUUCAUAUAUAGGUAUAAAUAUGAUUAUUUAAGGUCAAAAUGGGAAGCCUAUAUCCAUAUGAAGAUCAAAUGGCAUAGAGAAUAGAGGAUACCACUAACCUAGGCAUGAGUAGGUAUUAAAAUAGUAGAUAGUACCUAGGUUAGUGUAGUAGGUAUUAAUAGGUACAUGGAUCUACACUAG